UUACAUCAUCUCUCAGUUCCAUAUUUUGGAUGUAGCUCUUAUCCCUGGAGGUGGGGAGGGAGGGAAUUGUAGGUAGUCUGGACCAGUUCCCAUACAUUGUCUUGCACUGUCAGAGCAGUUCUUAUAGUCAGAGUGUGCACUGGAUUAUUUUGUACACAAAAGAGCACUGGAUGUAAAUAAUGUAUUCCAAGUGACUUGUUUUGCUGAGUAGUUUAGACAUUGUGUACCCAAACAGUGGAAAAAACAUCCAGACAACUGUUUCCAUCCCAUCCCAGGUGUGUAACUGCACAUGUAGAAGUGCCUGUGCUUUGCCAUCCCUCAUCUGCUGUCACAAGGAAGUGGUCAACAACGUUGUUCUGUAGUCUGAGCCUUUAUUCCUGAGGGAUUUUAUUACCUUUUCUCUACUUAAAUUAGACAGUGUUUUAGUCUGGACUGCAAAAGCAGAUUGUUGGUUGCCAAGUCAGAAGAGAGCCACUGGACUCCACUGAACGAUACACUCGCUGGAUCAAUAACCUGACCCAAGAGCAACUUCUCACACAGGUGUUCACCUCCCACGGACCCACUGUGAUCAUGCCAACCUGGUUCUGUUCCCGAGAGUGGUUUUUUCACGUGGGAAAAUUUGAUGAGGGGGGCAAGGGGGUCCCAGAAGAUCUGCUGUUUUUUUAUGAGCACAUCCAGAAGGGUGGUGGGGUCUUCCGAGUGAACCGCUGCCUCCUGCUCUACCGGUACCACCCGCAGGCUGCGACUCAUUCCGUCCUGGAGGAAACCAUCUGGAACCACCGAGUCAGAUUCCUUGAGGAGAGAGUCCUGAGCUCCUGGACAUCAUUCACCAUUUGGAAUGCUGGCAAGCAAGGCAAGAAGCUCUACAGAAGUUUGUCACCAGCUAAUAGGAAAAAGGUCAUUGCCUUUUGUGAUGUUGAUGAAAAGAAAAUAACAAAAGGAUUCUACACUUAUGAGGAAUCUGAGGAGAGACCAAAACCAAAGGUCCCUGUGUGUCACUUCAGAGAUGCAGCUCCACCUUUCAUCAUCUGUGUGAAGCUGGAUUUGACAGGUGGAGUGUUUGAAGCAAACCUGGACAUGCUGAACCUGAAGGAAGGGAUGGAUUAUUAUCACUUUAACUAAACCCAAGGAAGGGCAGAGGAGCAGUGUCUGACCAUCUGUGCUGCAUCAUCUCCCUGCUGGGUGGUGUCUGAGAUGUCCCACUGCCAGCCUGGGAUGCUCGCAGGGAACGAGGCUGGAAGGGCUCAAGGCAGCAGCUUCGGCCACUCCACGUGUUCUGCUGCUGGCUCAGGACACCCCUCCUGGUGCACAGGGACACCUCCAUGAGCAAACAACCCCCUGGAGCACAUUCCCACCUGUACCUUGGACACCAGCUGAGGUUUGGGCACUUUCAGGAGGUCACAGAGGCAGUUGCGUCUCUCCCUCACCACGGGCAGUUCUGCUUCCCUGGGGGAGGAAAGGUUUGCCAGUUAAUUCACAAAUUAAAACCUGAGGGUGCCCAUGUUCAUACACAACAUCUUAAGUGAUCCAUGUUACUACUGGAUUAUGAUGAUCUUUUGUGUACAUUUCAAAUUCUAGGAGUUUUUGUUCUGUCACAUUUUAAGAAUAAUGAAACAUUUUUGUACCAUCUUAAGCCAGAUAACCCAUAAAUACACACCAGGUCUGCCACAGGUAACCAGUUGCUACUAAAGUGUCCUAAGACUAUUCUUUUAGAGUUUUAUACAAAAAAAAAAUAGCACUUAUUCAUACAACUCUUUAGACUACAAGUUCACUAAUUUAUUCUCUAACAUUACUGGAUUUGGAGAACACUCUACACUCUCCAGAAGCUUUGUCCUGAAAUAGAAAAAUCCAAACCUAAAAUAUGUGAGGCUUUUAAAAAAGUUUCUGAAAUGGCAUCAUGUCCAUGAGAUAAUUUCUUCCAGAACUGUCAGUUAAAAAAAGCCCCCAAAUGCCCCAAAUCCCUGGAAGCAGAAUUCUUUUCCAUGUGGCAGAAUCCUGUCCCUCAAACUGGAAUGUUGGGAGGCUGCUGGUCCUGCUCACCAGGGCAGGACAUUUAUUUGGGUUUUCUUAAGUAAUGACUGUAAAUGAGCGAUUGAUUACAAAUUUAACUCUUGGCACAUAAACAGAGUCCAAAACUACAGAGAAAAAGCAAAAAAAAGGCAAGUCAGAAAUAACCUGAUCUUUCUUUUUUUACACCUUGGACAACAUGUCUUAUUUACUUCUGGAAACCUUCCUGUGGCUAAACAACAUGUAUUAUUUAUAGAGUAAUUUGUUUAAACUCUGCAUGACACAAUGGCAUGAUAAACUCUCUGUAGUCCCAAAAGGAACAAAUGUGUCUAUCCCAGUAAUUACCAUCUUCCCCCAGAAUGAAUUCUCAUUUGGCUUCCUGCUCUUAGUGCUUGGUGUAAUUCAGAAUUCAGAAUGAUUAUUUUAGCACUGAGAGAGCUUGAGGAUAACAAGCAGCUCACUCUGACACUCAGCAACUGCUUCAAAUCUCUUCUUCUGUAAACAGCCCCAAUCUACCAAGAUUAAACAAUUAAGUUUUGAGUAAACGAGCUUUGUCUUUCAUCUCAGAGCAAUGGCCACACUGCAAGAGGGUACUCAGGGCCUGCUCCAGGCCAGAAUAAACCAGGCACACCCUAAAAAUGACAAGGUGAAAACACAGUAUUUAUUUUUCUGGAGUGGUUUUGGGGGAAUAUUUUGCUUUGUUGUAAUAACCCCUUUAUAAGCAGAGCUGAACUACCACUGCUUUUCCUGGACUUCUAAUUUUGGCCCUGUAACCACCCCUUGGUGACAGCAGCCAUCUCGUCCUGCUCCAGUAAUUCUGUUAAAAUGCUUAAUGCAAUUUCUGAGCAAGUCUGCUCUUAAAUGCAGGUUUCAUAAGCGAGCACUGAGUCACCCCAAACACAAUCCUAAACCUCCAUGUGCAGUUAAACAAGGAACUGUAACCACAGGCAGAAUUGCUGGUAACCAAUCCUUCAAAUCUGAGACUGUUGCUCUAAUUUUGCACUGGAAAAUUCAGAAAAAGAGCAGCAGCCAUCCUUCACAAUAACAAACUCAGUUUUCUUUUCCCAAAUAUAAAGUUAUUUAAGUUCCAGCACAGAAAUAAACUGGAAAGUACAUAAAAGUCAAACAAUGUAGCAUGGAGUCUGCAAAUCUGUGUUCCAGCCUGAAGGUGUAUUUUGUUCUUUGAACUUGUCUGGGAUAAUUUUAUUUCCAUGAAAUGUCAGUGGAGACAAAAAGCCAUUUAAUAUAAUGACUAAAUAAAUUAUAUAUUUUUAUAUAUAUA